AAGUGACGCCUUACGCAUGAAGCGUUAUUCACUAGAUACCAGAAAAUGUUGCGGAUUACCCUUGCCUUAUGAAGUCGUUUGCCUUAAGUUUGCGCCAAUGAAGUGGAGUAUUAGUUUUGGAGGCUUGUUUUGGUUCUGGGGUUUCCGAUCAGUUAAUUAAGUCUGUUGAUAUAGCUUACCGUGUAUUUGUCUGGAAAUGCCUUGCACUUGUGGAAACUGGAGAAGAUGGAUUCGUCCCUUAGCUGUUAUUUUAUACGUUGUUGGUUUGUUGAUAAUUAUCCCUGUUUGUGUAUGGGAAUUGCUUCAGUCUGAGGUUGGAACUCAUACCAAGGCCUGGUUUAUUGCUGCGAUCUUUGUGUUCAUGACAAUUCCGAUUUCACUUUGGGGUAUCCUGCAGCAUUUAGUACAUUAUACUCAGCCAGAACUACAGAAGCCUAUUAUCAGGAUUUUAUGGAUGGUGCCUAUAUACAGUAUAGACAGUUGGAUAGCGCUAAAAUAUCCAAAUAUCGCCAUCUAUGUGGACACGUGUAGAGAAUGCUAUGAGGCUUAUGUUAUCUACAAUUUCAUGAUAUUCCUUUUAAAUUAUCUAAGCAACCGAUAUCCAAAUUUAGUGUUGAUUCUAGAAGCCAAAGAACAACAGAGACAUUUACCUCCUCUCUGCUGCUGUCCACCAUGGACUACAGGAGAGGUUUUAUUGCAUAGGUGUAAACUUGGUGUGUUACAGUACACUGUUGUCAGGCCAUUUACCACCAUAAUUGCCCUGAUUUGUGAGCUGGCUAAAGUAUAUGAUGAAGGAAACUUCAGCUUCAAAAAUGCUUGGACAUAUCUAGUUAUAAUCAACAACAUGUCUCAGUUGUUCGCAAUGUAUUGCCUUGUGUUAUUUUACAAAGCACUCCGGGAAGAACUGACUCCAAUCCGCCCAGUUGGGAAAUUCCUGUGUGUGAAAAUGGUUGUGUUUGUGUCCUUCUGGCAAGCAGUAUUUAUAGCAGUAUUGGUGAAAGUGGGUGUUAUCUCUGAAAAACAUACGUGGGAUUGGAAAACUGUAGAAGCUGUGGCCACUGGUUUGCAGGACUUUGUAAUCUGUGUUGAGAUGUUUUUUGCUGCAAUUGCUCACCACUACAGCUUCUCUUACAAACCCUAUGUACAGGAGGCUGAAGAAGGAUCAUGCUUUGACUCUUUUUUGGCGAUGUGGGAUGUUUCUGACAUUCGAGCAGAUAUAUCUGAACAAGUACGAAAUGUCGGAAGGACGGUUCUUGGCCGCCCAAGAAAAAUGAAUUAUGCUGAUCAUGAAGAGCAUAAUGAGCACACAAGCCUGCUGUCAUCUGCUAGUCAAGACCCUGUAUCUGAUGCUUCUUCUAUGCUGUCAUCACCUUCUGGAAAUUACCAAGGCUUUGGAAAGACCACAGUAACACCUCAUCACACUACAUCCUUAGCCCCUUCCUUAUCAGACGGUGUUAUUAACUCUGUUGGUGCAGAACAGCAUGAGAGACUGCAGCAUUCAGCAUCUGAUAUUUUGGAUAAAAAACAUUUGAUAAAUACUUGAAAAUGCGGGUUAGUGGAGAAAAAGGAUGCUAAUAAUUUCUUUGCUGAGAGUCUCACUAUAUGUUCACCUCAGUUCUUCGUGGGUAUUUGUCAGAGACGUGCAGCAAAAGAUCCUGAAUUUAAGUCAUUAUUUACUACAGGUUUCAGAUUUGUGCCCCAUUCAUGUGAGGGAUUGUGGAAAUGACUGGAAAAAAUGAAUUAAGCUAAGAUUGUAGAAGAUGGUGUUGCUUUCAUCUGUUAACCUUUUAAGCACAAACUUCUUACAAAGUAUGUUACUUUUCUUUUGCAUUUCCGUCAAGUACUUUGUACUGACAAGCAUAGCACAUUCCAAUGAUCCUGUUAAGAAUAAUGAAUCAAAAACAGAAUGUUGAAAUGGUCUUGUACACUCACUGCCAUUUGCUUUACGUGUGCACUCUUACUAAUCUGGUAUAUGACAGUGAGGUAUAAACUGCAUUAACCUUAAAUAUGCAACCUUCUAUAAUAAUGCUGUGGGAAAGCAGUUUAACUGCUUACUAUGUAAUAUAAUUAAUUUGAUGUUGGAACAGAA